AUGGCUCCAUUACCAGCUGCACGCAUUACUCCAUCGAAGGUCUUUGAACAAACAGGGCUAGACUAUUGUGGGCCGUUUCUCGUUCGACCGCUCGCAGGUCGAGGCGCAUCGGUAAAAGUCUGGGUCGCCGUGUACGUAUGUUUCGCCGUUAAAGCCGUAGCGCUGGACAUCGUCGACGGGUUAUCAGCAGCUGCGUGCGUCAAUUCGCUUAGACGCUUCGUGAGUCGUGUCGGACGCGUUCGAAUCAUACAUUGCGACAACAGCACAUCGUUCGUAGGCGCCGCGCGCGAGUUACGGGAUAUGCGACGACAGUAUCGAGAGCAGUUUGCAUCAACUUCUUGGGCCAAUGAAUGCCUGCAACGUGGAAUUGAGUUCCAGUUCAUUCCGCCACGGGCACCACAUUUCGGCGGUUUAUGGGAGGCUGCAGUUAAGAAAUUUAAAUAUCACCUCAUUCGCAUCAUGAAAACGACGCCGUACCGUUUAGAUGAUUUCCGCACAGCUAUCGCCCAAGCUGAAAGCAUCAUGAACUCCCGCCCGUUGACUCCACUAUCGAACGAUCCUAGUGACCUCUCCGUCCUCACUCCUGGGCACUUUUUAAUUGGAGAGUCACCGUUCCAACUUCCCGAGCAGGACUAUCAACAAAAGCCACUCAAUCGCCUUUCUCGCUUUCAGGCAACCCAACGUGCCAUAACUGACUUGUGGAAACGUUGGUCAACUGAGUACAUCGGGUUGCUCCAUCAACGACCUGCUAAAUGGAGGAAGGUGCCACCUAACUUUGCUGUCGGGACGAUGGUCGUCCUAAAAACGGACUGCGUACCUCCAAAACGGUGGCCACUAGGACGAGUGGUUGCUGUCUACCCUGGGGCUGAUGGCAUCACCCGAGUCGUAGAUGUACGCACACAGAAUGGAACCCGACGUCGUGCAACGUCAGAACUUUGCAUUUUGCCCAUCGAAAAUUGUGAUGCAGAAUAUACAGCUAUCCUCAAACAACCAGUUUAA